AAAACCGGAAAACGUGCGGUCUCAGUGCAGAACGUUCGUGCGACCGUGUGUGGCAAUGGGUCGGAGGAAAGCUACGGGGAGUGGGUCCCUGGGUCGGGCCCUUAUCCGCCAUCAGACUCAGCGGAGCCGUAGUCACGGGCACACCGACUCCUGGUUGCACACAAGUGAACUCAAUGAUGGCUAUGACUGGGGUCGUCUUAAUCUUCAGUCUGUGACUGAACAGAGCUCCCUUGAUGACUUCCUGGCAACUGCAGAACUUGCAGGAACAGAGUUUGUAGCUGAAAAACUUAAUAUCAGGUUUGUUCUUCCUGAGACUAGAACUGGCCUACUGUCUUUUGAGGAGAGCCAGAGAGUUAAGAAACUCCAUGAAGAAAAUAAACAGUUCUUGAGUAUACCAAGGAGACCAAAGUGGAACCAAAAAACUAGCCCAGAAGAACUCAAACAGUCAGAGAAAGACAACUUUCUAGAAUGGAGACGACAGCUUGUCCGGCUAGAAGAGGAACAAAAAUUGAUAUUGACUCCAUUUGAAAGAAAUUUGGACUUUUGGCGCCAGCUCUGGAGAGUGAUUGAGAGAAGUGAUAUUGUGGUCCAGAUAGUAGAUGCUCGAAACCCACUUCUCUUUAGAUGUGAGGAUCUGGAAUGUUAUGUGAAGGAAAUAGAUGACAAUAAGGAGAACGUUAUUCUGAUAAAUAAGGCAGACUUGUUGACUGCUGAGCAGCGGAGUGCCUGGGCCACAUACUUCGACAAAGAAAAUGUGAAAGUUAUUUUCUGGUCAGCUUUGUCUGAAGCCAUUCAGCUGAUUGGUGGCUCUAAGGAAAAAGUAAAUGGAGAUGCUGGAGAAGCCAACAAAACUGAGUUUGAAAACUCUAGUUGCACCAAGGCUGAAAUCCUACACAAUGAGACUGCACCUCUCCUAGGCAGGGAUUCUCUCUUCCUUAGUGAAGCUGCCACUAGUGAUGAGAACGACAGUGAGUAUGAGGACUGUCAGGAGGAGGAGGAGGAAGAUUGGCAGACAUGUUCAGAAGAGGAUAGCAACCCUGAUGAAGGGGCCUGUGGCUGGGACCGGAAGGAAACCUGGACUGUGGGUUCUGGGACCCAGGGUAGGAACACCCUGCAGAAGAGGCAGACACACAAUUUUAGCCACCUGGUGUCAAAGCAAGAAUUAUUGGAGAUCUUUAAGCAGCUACACACUGGGAAGAAGGUGAAAGAUGGGCAACUUACUGUUGGAUUGGUGGGCUACCCGAAUGUUGGUAAGAGUUCAACAAUCAACACCAUCAUGGGCAACAAGAAGGUAUCUGUGUCUGCCACACCGGGUCACACCAAGCAUUUUCAGACUCUUUAUGUGGAACCUGGCCUCUGCUUAUGUGACUGCCCAGGCCUGGUGAUGCCGUCCUUUGUCUCUACUAAGGCAGAGAUGACCUGCAAUGGAAUCCUCCCAAUUGACCAGAUGAGAGAUCAUGUCCCACCCGUGUCACUAGUUUGCCAGAAUAUUCCAAGACAUGUUUUAGAAGCUACCUAUGGCAUUAGUAUCAUAAAGCCUAGAGAAGAUGAAGAUCCCCAUCGACCUCCAACAUCAGAAGAACUGUUGACAGCUUAUGGAUAUAUGCGAGGAUUCAUGACGGCACAUGGUCAGCCAGACCAACCUCGGUCUGCACGCUAUAUCCUGAAAGAUUAUGUCAGUGGCAGACUUCUGUUCUGUCAUCCUCCUCCUGGAAGAGAUCCUGUGACCUUUCAGCAUCAGCACCAUCGACUCCUAGAGAACAAAACAAAUGGUGGUGAAAUAAGAAUACAACCAGGAAGAAAUAAAAAAGCAAAACAGAUUGAAAAUACAGUUGACAAAACAUUUUUCCAUCAAGAAAAUGUGAGAGCUUUGACCAAAGGAGUCCAGGCUGUUAUGGGCUACAAGCCUGGGAGUGGCCUGGUGACCGCAGCUGCUGUGAGCUCUGAGGGUGGAGCUGGGAAGCCCUGGAAAAAACAUGGUAACAGAAAUAAAAAAGAGAAAAGUCGCAGACUCUAUAAGCACCUGGAUACGUGAACCGGGCCUCUGACAGAAAUGGCAUCUGCCUUGUGCGCCUGGGAAGGACCAGAAGCUGCUCGAUGCCCACGCUGCCGCAGAAGGGCCCCUGCUUGCACAGCUCACCCACAACCAGCAGUCAGCAUCGAAACUGAGGGGCUCCUUGGGACAGCUACUCUAAUGUAAACACCGUGGAGCCCCAGAAGCUUACUCCUGUAGAAGGCUCCGUUUAAGAUGAGGGAGUGAAUGAUGUAUAUUUGUUAGUGUGAACAAAUACACAAAUGUAUGCUGAUUUAUAAGUGGGGAGUUUUUUGAAAAGAUAUUAAAAUUGUUGUCACUA